CUUGAAAGAGUGGUGAUCCCUUUCUCUCCAGUCAAACGUCUACUGUUGUGGGCAACGGAGGAAGCAGAGAUCUGGACCAAAUAACAAUCUCACCCCAAACCAUUUCAGAUGGAGGUGAAUGCAGACGAGAAGCGCCAUCGCACACGCUCAAAAGUGCCUGUGGAACCAGCGAUACCAGAGCUGUUCAGCUGUCCUACACAAGGCUGUGAUGGAAGUGGACAUGUCAGCGGCAAAUAUGCAAGACAUCGAAGUGUGUACGGCUGCCCCCUGGCCAAGAAGAGGAAAACACUGGACAGACAGCCUCAGGAAGCCCUGGAGGUGCUGGAGCCCUUACUGGAACCACUGGAGACAGACCCCAAGAGUGGACCCCUCAUAACCCACAUGGACAACUCCACUAGGGAGGAGAGCUACGAGACAGACGGAACAGUGGAGAUGGAUGACAGAGAGGAGGAGGUGGAGGAGGGAGUAGAGGAUGGGGGAGAUGAGGAAGAGGAGGUAGAGGAGGAGGAAGAGGAGGGAUACUUGGAGGACAAUGAGGAACAGAUGGAGCAGGAAGAAGGAGAGGUGGAGAGAGGGGAGGGAGAGGCGGAGGAGGUAGAGGUGGAACAAGAGGAAGAGGAGGGCGGAGUACAAGAGGAGGACGAAGAGGAGGAGGAGUAUGAGGAGGAGUAUGAGGAGCAGAGUCAUGGCCAAGAGCACGAUCAGAUGAAUGGCGGCGGUGGCGGUGGCGGUGGCGGCCAUCCUAAAUCCGGUCUGACGGGGGAGAAGGACGACAACAACAACGAUGAGUAUGAGAACUAUGACGAGCUGGUGGCCAAGUCUCUGCUCAACCUAGGGAAGAUAGCAGAGGACGCAGCCUACCGCGCCAUGACCGAGUCUGAGAUGAACAGCAACUCCUCCAACAGUGCCGAGGAAGAAGAGGAAGAAGAGGAGGAGGAGGAGGAGGAAGAAGAGGAGGAGGAGGAAGAAGAAGAGGAUGAGGAGGGUGGGGAGGGCAUUCAGAGGAAGGGUGAGUUGACCCUGGAUGUCGACAGUGAUGUAGUGAGGGAAACGGUGGACUCUCUGAAGCUGCUGGCCCAGGGACACGGGGCUAUGCUCUCUGACAACAUGGAGGGAGGAGACUAUGAGGACGGGAUUGGGGAGAACGGGGAAGCGAACCGUAAUGGAGGGACUGGAGGUGGUAACGGUCAGGGUAAAGCCUCUAAUGGACUGCAGGAGAGUGAUGAGGAGGUGUGUCUAAGCAGCCUAGAGUGUCUGAGGAACCAGUGCUUUGACCUGGCCCGCAAACUGAGCGAGACGCAGCCGACUGACCGCUCGGGCACAGGGCUCCCGCAGCAGAACCACCCUGGCGGAGGGGACACCCAGGGACUGCAUCCCCACCCGUACCAGCCUGGGUACGGGGACCUCCAGCAGAGCCAGGAGGAGAGGCGCACCUUGGAGAGGAACUACUCCGACAUGGUCAACCUGAUGAAGCUGGAGGAGCAGCUGAGCCCGCGCUCCAAGGCCUUUUCCAGCUGCGCUCAGGAUAACCGCUACCACAACCACAUCCACGACCGGGACGAGGACACGCGGUCGGUGACGUCGGAGCGCUCGGAGGAGGUGUUCGACAUGACCAAGGGGAACCUGUCUCUGCUGGAGAAGGCCAUCGCGCUUGAGUCUGAGAGGGCCAAGGCCAUGAGAGACAAGAUGGCUGCCGAGGCAGCUCGGAGGGACGGGGUGAGGUAUCAUCAUCACCAUGGAGACCAUCAUGGGGAGCACCAAUCGCGGCACGGCUACGGAGAGGAGCGCAAGGCCCGCCUCCAUGAUGGGAUGAAGAAGCCCUACUACCAUAAAAAUUCAUCUCGUGGAGACAAGAAAGAGAGCCGGUGCCCGACACCGGGCUGUGAUGGCACAGGUCACGUGACGGGGUUGUACCCUCACCAUCGGAGCCUGUCUGGCUGUCCACACAAAGACAGGGUUCCACCUGAAAUCCUUGCUAUGUAUGAGAAUGUUCUUAAGUGUCCUACACUGGGCUGCACGGGACGCGGCCAUGUCAAUAGCAACAGAAACUCCCACAGAAGCCUGUCGGGGUGUCCAAUCGCUGCAGCAGAGAAGCUGGCUAAAGCCCAGGAGAAGAGCAUCGGGUGCGAUGGCUCCUCCAAGUCUAACCAGGGCUCUGACCGAGUGCUCAGGCCUAUGUGCUUUGUGAAACAGCUGGAGAUCCCUCAGUACGGCUACAAGAACAACGUGUCCACCAGCACGCCACGCUCCAACCUGGCCAAGGAGCUCGAGAAGUACUCCAAGACCAGCUUUGACUACAGCAGCUUCACAGACAGCAGCCAUGGCAACAAUGUCUACGGCAAACGGGCCAUCGCACCCAAGCUCCAAGGCAGGGACACUUCACCUAAAGGAUAUGAUGUCAAGCGCUACUGUAAGAACUCCAGCUCGGCGAGCAGCCCGAACAGCACCUACGCCCCCAGCAGCAGCAGUAGCAGCCUGAGCUGUGGAGGAGGGGGCGGAGGAGGGGGCAGCAGCGCCAGCUCCACCUGCAGUAAGAGCAGCUUCGACUACACCCACGACAUGGAGGCUGCCCACAUGGCUGCCAGGGCCAUCCUCAACCUGUCCACGCGCUGCAGAGAGAUGCCCCACGGCCUGGGAGGAAAACCCCAGGACCUCUGCUCUCGGAACCCAGACCUAGAGGUAGAUGAGAAUGGGACAUUAGACUUGAGUAUGAAGCAGCGUCUGGGGGGUGGCGUAAGUGCGGUGCUCACCCCCCUGGAGCCCAUGUCUCCCCAGCGCCAGGCUCUGAUGCGUUACGGCAUGGGGGAUGACUGCUGGGACCUGCCGGUCGACUACGCCAAGAUCAAAUGCAUCGACGAGGACAGCAAAGAGCCUGAUGACCUGGACCCGUUCCGGGAUCUGCUGGGGGAGCGAGGUUACUCUGGUGACGUCACCAUGCACAGCCCCAAGCCCAAGUACGCCCAGUGCAAGGAGAGCAAGAAGGACCUGAUAACUCUCUCUGGCUGUCCUUUAGCUGACAAAAGCAUUCGAAGUAUGAUGGCCACCAACUCACAAGAGCUCAAGUGCCCGACACCGGGGUGCGAUGGUUCUGGGCAUAAUACUGGCAACUACGCAUCACACAGAAGUCUAUCAGGGUGUCCUCGGGCCAGGAAGAGUGGGAUCAAGAUCACACACAGUAAAGAGGACAAGGAGGACCAGGAGCCCAUCAGGUGUCCGGUCCCGGGCUGUGAUGGUCAGGGUCACGUGACGGGGAAGUACGCGUCUCACCGCAGUGCAUCGGGCUGCCCCCUAGCUGCCAAGCGGCAGAAGGACGGCUACAUGAACGGCUCCCAGUUCACAUGGAAGGCUGGGAAGACAGACGGAAUGUCCUGUCCCACCCCAGGCUGUGACGGCUCAGGCCACGUCAGUGGGAGCUUCCUCACGCACCGGAGUUUGUCAGGCUGUCCGCGUGCGACGUCUGCCAUGAAAAAAGCCAGACUGUCUGGACUGUCUGAAAUGCUAACGAUAAAACAGCGCACCAGCAAUGGUAUCGAGAAUGAGGAAGAGAUUAAACAGCUGGAUGAAGAAAUCAAAGAUUUAAGUGAAUCUAAUUCACAAGUGGAGGCAGAUAUGAUCAAACUUAGAACACAGAUUACCACAAUGGAGUCUAAUCUGAAGUCAAUAGAGGAAGAAAACAAGGUGAUUGAACAGCAAAAUGAAUCUCUCCUGCAUGAGCUGGCAGGUCUCAGCCAGACACUGAUUAACAGUUUAGCUAUUAUCCAGCCCCCUCACAUGAAACCGCUUGCAUACAAAGAGGCUCCCAUUAGAAAUAACAGCUGCUUACAGAUGCAUCAGAUAGAGCCGAUCAGCGAUCAGAACUUUGAUGCUUACGUGACUACGCUAACAGACAUGUACACCAACCAGGAGCAGUACCAGAGCCCUGAGAACAAAGCCCUGUUGGAAAACAUCAAACAAGCGGUGCAAGGAAUCCAAGUGUAGCCCAGCCCGCUAGCCCAGCAAACGCCAGAGCUUCUUCUCAAAGAGGAGUGAAGGAAAACAACAUCCACAGGAAAGAACUAGAAGUGACAUGAUAGGAUGACGCCUCAUGGUUUGCUGCCGUAACUUAUCAUACAGUGUUAGAUACACAUUUUUGAUCUUCAAAAAACCGAAAUGUUAUGCUUAGAAAACUUCAUAAUGAUUUUUCUUUUUUUGUCUUGCUUUGAUGAGAAGAAAAAGUAAGUGGCAGAAUAGUUUUUGAAGACAUUCACAUUUUGUACGUUUUCAUACUGUAUGAGCUGAAAUAGUGUGAUGUAAUGUUUCUAGCUGCUCGUGUAUGCACAUUUUUUGUGUAUAUUUCUGGACAGUAAGCUGAUUAACAUAGGACUUUAGUUAUUUUUAAUGCUUGAUGAUGAAGAUUUUAGAUGAAAAAGCUGCUCUGGACAGUGAAAACAAAACAAAAAUCAAGAGGGAACUGCAAGGAGGUAGCUACUUUUCAAUGAUCUUUUCCUCAAUGGAUGAUUUUGGAAUUCUAAAGAUGUUUUUUCUUCUUCUUGUGUGCAGAUUGUUGAAUAGCAAGACUUGGUUGCAAAAUACUUUUUUUGAAACCUUUUUUAAAGGUUGGUAGCUGUAGGUGGGGGCAUUUUUAAUAGGUGUUGGAAAUGAGUAUGGAAAGAAACUGACUUGAUGUUUGUAUGAAUGUUAUAGUUUUAUUGUAAACAUCAUGACACGGAAACCCAAUGGUGGAAAUCCCAUUGUCUUGAAAAGGACUAUUCACUCUUGAUAUUUUGUGUUGGUAGAUACCCAUUGUCAUUCAAUCACCAACAAUGUGAUGUAUAACGGAAAUAGAGUAUCAAGGCAUCAUUCUAGCAUUUAGUAUUAGUUCUGGUUCAAAUGUCAAAACUUAUGUUGCUAGAAUCGGGCAAUGUCUCAGCAAUGUAUCUCUAAAUCAUAUGUUUAUAAUAGAUAUGGGAUGCAAAAGCAAAUUGGGGGGGUAUAUGC